AUGGUUCAGCCCGGUGAUACGUCAACGCUUGAUGUGGUGCAACUGGAACACUCACGGAACGACAAAAAAUUCACAAUCGACAACGAAUAUGUCAACUCCAGUAUGCAGACUGGUUCAUCGCCAAAUAAAGCGUCGGGAUGCGAAUUACCGGCAAAUUCACAACAACCAACCUACAACGGCUCAAAUAAUCGAGGAAACGAGAACUGGACUCAAUAG